UCAUACAAACCUCAGUUCUCAGUGGCCGUGCUGAGCAGAGGAAGAAGGGCCUGCGAGAGGUGGUGGGGGUUCGACAAGAACCGUCCGAUCGGGCCAGCUCCUGCUCUGCUCCUGCCCAUCCAGGCCUCCCGGGCCCUCACACAGCCGAUCAUGGACGCCUUCGGCCGGUUUGGUGGCUCCUCGCUGUACGAGGAGCCGGAGCUCUCGUACCAGCUUUCUGUUUCUUUAGACCCACAGCUGUUCAAACCCAUUGAUGGCAUAGAAAUGUCCCCUGAGCGCCCCCUUGUGUCUCCAGAGCCACAAUACAUCUCUGUACCACAGUACAAUCCACAACCACUCUACAUCCCACGACCCCCAGCUGUGAGGAGCCCAAUGGAGGAGACCUGCCAAGAUGAAGUCUGUGCAGAGGAGGAGGAGGCAGAGGAGGAGGAGGUGGUGGUGGAGGAGGAGGAGGUGGUGGAGAGGAUCCCUCACGUGCAGAUGAGUCCUCUCCCAUUGGCCGCCCCCCCAGAACCCCCAAAGUACAGCUGUGAUGUAUGCGGCCGCUCCUUUCCCAGCGGCGGCGGACUCAAGCGUCACUCCCGCACGCACACAGGUGAGCGGCCCUUCGUCUGCUCCAUCUGCGGCCGCGGCUUCAACCAGAUCGGAAACCUCAAAACACACUACAAAGUCCAUCUGGGUAAGAAAGCCUCCGUAGACUUUGGCAGCGUGAGUGCCAUCAUGAACAUGUCUGCGCUCCCGAAGCCCUCCCCUCCCACACCCAAGCCCCCACACACACCCUCCACUCUGGACGCAGAGAUCUUCUUCUGCCGCCGCUGCUCCAUCGAGUUCGAGGAAAAGGACCAACUGGAAGCACACAUGAGGAUCCACAUCAAGCCCAAGCCCUAUUCCUGCCCGGACUGCGGCAAGAAGUUCAUCACAGAAAAGUAUGUGGCGGUACACCGGAGGAUCCACACGGGCGAGCGGCCGUACCAGUGCUCCGAGUGUGACCACGCCUUCACUACCAUGAACAACCUGAAGACCCACAUGACCCUGCACACCGGGGAGAGGCCCUUCAGCUGCUCCUUCUGUGACAAGAGCUUUCGGGUAAAGACCCAUCUGAACAAGCACUAUGAGGUUCACCUGAAGACACGGCCGUACAUCUGCUCUGUGUGUGGGAAAGCCUACACCCGCGCCGAGGGCCUAACUGAGCACUUCAGGCUGCACACUGGAGAGAGGCCCUAUGUGUGCGCCCAGUGCGGCAAGAGCUUCAGCUACCGCCAGGGCCUGCUGCAACACAACCGCACCCACGCAGGCAAACGCAUGGGCCCACACCGCCAACUUGGCCGGCCCAAGGAGCAGCCCAGCCCUGACCGAAGUGGAAAGAUGGGUUCUGAAAAUCCCGAUGAGCACGGGCCGGCGAUCGACUUGGGUCAGGAUGAGCUACACGUCGGAGGUCUGAUCAACUCCGAUGGAGAAGAGAUGGACUUUAAUGAGCCCAAAGACGGCGGUGAGUCCAUGUUUCUCCAGGGCCAGGAUGAGCGGCCUCAGUCUGACACCCUGUGCCCUGUGUGUGGGAAAGACUUCCAGUACGCGUCCAAACUGCAGCGCCACCUCCGCACACACUCUGGAGAGAGGCCCUUCCCCUGCUCCUAUUGCGGCAAACCCUUCACUGAGAAGGGCCUGCUCAUGGUGCACGAGCGCCUGCACACGGGAGAGAAGCCCUUCCCCUGCAGCUUCUGUGACAAGAGGUUCACCAGUCAGGGGGAGAUGAAGCUCCAUGAGCGCACCCACACAGGGGAGCGGCCCUACAGCUGCCGUCUGUGUGUUAAGAGCUUCUCCAGGCACUGGCACCUGAAGAGUCACCUGGAGGCCAUGCAUGCCCACGUGGUGGAGGGCUUCAUCCGCAAGAAGUUUCCCUGCUCCCAGUGCGAUAAGAGCUGUAACUCUGCAGCCGAGCUCCGGGACCACCAGAGGACCCACACCGGGGAGCGCCCAUACCAGUGCUCCUUCUGUGACAAGGCCUUUGCUUUGGCAGGAACCUUGGUUCGACAUGAGCGUCUGCACACGGGCAUCACGCCGUACCACUGCACAGAGUGUGGGAAGACCUUCUCUCAGCAGUGGACCCUCACCACCCACAUGCGCACCCACAAUGGGGACCGGCCCUACAAAUGCUCCCACUGCGACAAGUCCUUUGUGACCCCCGGUGAGCUGCGCAGGCACAGCCACAUCCACUCGGACGACCGCCCACACGAGUGCCCUGAGUGUGGGAGGCACUUCAAACUGGCACAGACCCUCCGCAACCACAUCAGGACCUGCCACCGCAAGCCUGGCCAGGACAGUGCUCAGGAGAGGGGGCACAACUCAGGGCGACUCCCCACAACUGGAGGACCAACCGCUAACCGCAAAACUGCUAACCAGCCUACAGCUAACAGGGCUGCAUCUAACAGGGCUGCAGAUGUCCGUCCUACUGCUGCUGACCAGCCUCUCCACCGUCCAAGGGUUCCACAGACCCCCACUCCAGCACCAGGCCCCCCCCACACUGACCCCCAGAAUGAGGAGGAGUCCCUGGAGCACUUGGACCACAGCUCCAGCCCUGUCAGUGUGGUAGUGAAGGAGGAAGAGGAGGAGACGCCUCUCUGUGCUGUAGGAGCGUCCAGGAGGGAGGAGCAGCCCCAGAGGGACAAUCCACGUGAAGCUGUGAGGAAGCCUCCAAAGAAACGCAAAGUCAAGGUCCGAGUGAAGGAGGAGGAAGAGGAGCCUAUGAACUUGUCCUUGGUGAACUCUGCUAAAGUGAAAAGGGGGAGGUGCCCGGGCAUGCCCUCACAGCACGAGGAGCUGGAUGACCCGUCCAAGAGCCCGUUCUGCUGUGGUCUGUGUGGGCGAGACUGUCGGAAGAUGUCCGCUCUGCAGGUGCACAUGCGCAUCCACUCAGGAGAAAAGCCCUACUGCUGUUCCUACUGCGGCAAACAGUUCACCCAGAGAGGCCAGCUCACCGGGCACCUGAAGAUCCACACGGGGGAGCGGCCCUUCACCUGCCCCGACUGUGGAAAGAGCUUUGCUCACUCUGGAGCCAUGAACCGCCACCGGCUCACCCACACAGGAGAGAGGCCCUACCACUGCCAAGUGUGCCCACGCACCUUCAACCAGUCCGGCCGCCUGCGCGAGCACGAGAAGAUCCACAGUGGGGAGAAGUUUGACUGCCCACAGUGUGGUAAGACGUUCACGCGCGCAUCCAGCCUGAAGAACCACGUGCGCCUGCACACAGGGGAGCGGCCCUACAUGUGUGACCUCUGUGGAAUGGGCUUCACCCGCUCACAGAGCCUCCGCCUGCACCGCCGCAAGCACCUCGGCCUCCAGCCCAAAGAGGAGCCCGGAGAGCCCGACGAGCUGGAUGAGAGUAUGUUUGACGACUUCUACAGUGACCACAAUUCUCCCAUCAACAUGUGUAUAGCUGACCAACAGGACUGUGUCAACGGGAGGGUCAGUGAUGAGCAGAAGGACCAGUGGUUUAUAGGACACAAACUGUUUGAUUCAGCUCCUCCUCACACCUCCAACCUGAACCGCACGUAACACUGGGGCUGGCCUCCUACAUUCCUUUACCUCGGCUCCAUCUUCUACAGAGCUAUCCUCCUCUAGCUCUGCUACUUUUACUGCUACUGUUCUCCACACCUGUCUUUCACCUCUGGACCUCUACUCAGUCUUCUACACCCCUGUCCUCCUCUGGGCCUCUGCUCCAUCUUUUACACCCCUGUCCUCCUCUGGACCUCUGCUCCAUCUUUUACACCCCUGUCCUCCUCUGGACCUCUGCUCCAUCUUCUACUCCCCUGUCCUCCUCUGGACCUCUGCUCCAACUUCUACACCCCUGUCCUCCUCUGGACCUCUGCUCCAUCUUCUACUCCCCUGUCCUCCUCUGGACCUCUGCUCCAUCUUCUACUCCCCUGUCCUCCUCUGGACCUCUGCUCCAACUUCUACACCCCUGUCCUCCUCUGGACCUCUGCUCCAACUUCUACAGCCCUGUCCUCCUCUGGACCUCUGCUCCAACUUCUACACGCCUGUCCUCCUCUGGACCUCUGCUCCAACUUCUAUACCCCUGUCCUCUGGACCUGAGGACCAGGCUGUGCGCAGUGCGCCCAUCACUACCUAAAACUCAUAUUUAUUUGGUGCACAUGUGAAUACAGCAGGUUCUUCCCGGUCUCCUCCUCCUGGAUGAUGGAUGGAUCCUCUGUGUGUUCUCAGUUCAAUAGUGGAUUCACACUAUUUACUUUAUGUUCGUGCCCUUGAGGCAUCAGAAUGUCCAGUGAUGUGUUUACCUCUGCUGGUCACAGCACAUCUACUGGCCCAGCUGAUACACUACAAAUGAUGUAGUAAUAUCUUUUUUUUACUUUACUCAACACAGCAUUAAUGGCUGUAACAGGAACAGGAUACAACAUAGUUUUUCUACUAAACUGCAGGUUCAAAGCAGUGCUCUGGUGCAUAAACCAAUGUGUGGGCCUUACCACCACCUCCUCCUCAUUCUUGUUUCUGACAGUUUUAGAUUUCCAGUCCUUAGGUUCAUGCAGUAUAUGGCUGUGGAAGGUGACGUUCACUCACCAGUCUAACCAUGGAGACUUUUUUUUUUUUUUCUUUCAGUCUGAUCAGAACAAGACCAGAACAAUCUACCUGAAAUCACUUUUGACCAAUCAGUAUUUAGUCCCAGCAGAGCUUUUGUUGACGAUUCCGUUCACCUUUACAUGUAUAUACGUUCAGAUGUAUUCAAUGAUUAGAAUGAUGAAUAUGGGGCUUGUGAUGUCAGUGUAAGUCAUUUGUUUUCAUGUGUAAAAUGAUUACUGUAAGCAACACUCACUUUCAAUAAGUGCAAUUGAUAUUUGGGCUUUAAAGCGAGACUUUAGCAGACUGUUACCGUUAGCCAAAAUGUACAGUGUGAAAUGUCUUAAUAAUCAAUGUGUCUUGUGUCAGAACCCCCAGAUGUAGAGGACACCUGUUGUCAGUGCUGCCUCUAAAUGUGUACAUUUAUAUCCAAAGCUCUCCAGUAACCAUUUCAAUAAAACAUGAAAAUGGA